GGUCUUGGCAGCAGCGGCUGCAGGGAGUAGCAUCAGACCACUGUAUAGUGCAAGAUCAGGAACGACACCGCUAAAAAACCGCUAGCGGAGCAAAUGAAAAACGAAAACACUUUCUUGUGGAUUAAUUCUGGGGCGAGACAUUCAGUCGAAGCGAUAAUAUCUUUGAGCGACUUUGAAUCGAUUGUCUGAGGAUUGGGACGCUGGUUGCUGAACGGUUACCGACACCGAAUGGUUUCUCCUGCCCCUCCGCUAAGGUUGCAGGCUAAGAGACGCGGCCGAUAAUGCACGGCGUCUGCUUCACAGCCACAUCCUCUUCCUGCCUGUAGAGGAAGCGGCUGUGCCAGCAUGUCCUCCCAUCCCCAGCCUGUGCCUCAUGGCCGGAGAGCUGUGGAUGCACGGCACCUGCCAAACCCUGUUACCUUACCGCUGCAGCUGCAACGGGCACACCCGGACGUGGGACUGGUCGACUACCACACUCACCAUGCCAGGGACUACAGCUCGCACCUGGCCCAACCCCACCGACGCCGACCUUCCUUACUCUCAGAAUUCCAGCCAGGGAAUGAAAGGGGACAAGAUCAGCACAUCCGCUUUGAGCACAUCUACUUGCCAGAGCCCCCCAGCCAAUCAGAGGUGGACUAUGCAGAGAUCAAGCGUCCUCGUUUGGACAUGGGACCAGAGUCUCUGGUGAGGACUUCGUCUCAUCGGCAGCCAUUACCUCUGGGCGGGGCUGAGGAUAUGUCAAAGGAGCGUGGCAGUGCCAUUGGGAAGCUAGAGCCCAUCUCUCCUGUGAGCCCGAUCCAUAUGGAUGCUGACUUGGAUCUAGUUCCUGCUCGCUUCUCCAAGGAGGAACUGGUCCAGAAUAUGGAACGUGUGGACCGGGAGAUCAGCAUGGUGGAGCAGCAGAUCUGCAAACUUCGCAAAAAACAGCAACAGCUGGAGGAGGAAGCCGCAAAGCCCCACGAGCCUGAACGGCCCAUUUCUCCUCCCCCCAGUGAAGCCAAACAUCGCAGCCUGGUGCAGAUCAUCUACGAUGAGAACCGGAAAAAGGCAGAAGAGGCUCACAGGAUACUGGAGGGACUGGGACCCAGGGUGGAACUGCCUCUGUACAAUCAGCCUUCUGACACCAAACAGUACCAUGACAACAUCAAAAUAAACCAGGCCAUGAGGAAGAAGCUCAUCUUGUAUUUCAAAAGAAGGAAUCAUGCUCGUAAGCAGUGGGAGCAGAAGUUUUGUCAGCGCUAUGACCAGCUAAUGGAGGCCUGGGAGAAGAAAGUAGAGCGCAUUGAAAACAACCCACGGCGCCGAGCCAAGGAGAGCAAGGUGCGGGAGUACUAUGAGAAACAGUUCCCUGAAAUCCGCAAGCAGAGGGAGAUGCAGGAGCGAAUGCAGAGUCGCGUUGGGCAGCGAGGAGGAGGAGGCCUGACCUCAUCUGCUGCCCGCAGCGAACAUGAGGUCUCUGAAAUCAUUGAUGGGAUAUCAGAGCACGAGAACACAGAGAAGCAGAUGCGACAGCUGGCGGUCAUCCCUCCGAUGCUGUUCGACGCUGAGCAGCAACGCAUCAAGUUUAUCAACAUGAAUGGACUCAUGGACGACCCCAUGAAGGUUUACAAGGAUCGGCAGGUUAUGAAUAUGUGGAGCGAGCAGGAGAAGGACACUUUCAGAGAAAAGUUCAUCCAGCAUCCCAAAAACUUUGGCCUGAUUGCGUCGUUCCUAGAGAGGAAGACGGUGGCAGAGUGUGUCCUCUUUUACUACCUGACCAAAAAGAAUGAGAACUACAAGAACAUAGUGCGAAGGAACAUCAGGCGCCGAGGAAGAAGCCAGCACGGUCAGCAGCAGCAGCAGCAGCAACAAGUAAGCAGGAGCAGCCAGGAGGACAAGGAGAAGGAGGAAAAGGAGAAGGAAGCAGAGCGGGAUGAAGAGAAAAAUGAAACCGAGGACAAAGAAGAUGGAAUGAAGGAUGAUACUUCUGGAGAGGAUGCAGAGGACAAAGAGCCUGCAGUGGCUGUCAAGGGGAGACGCACCGCUAACAGCCAGGGCCGCCGUAAAGGCCGUGUUACCCGCUCUAUGACCAGUGAAGGAGAGGAGACCACCACACCACCGCUCAACAACGAGCUUGUCAAUCUGGAAAUGAAUGAGAGCUCUCGCUGGACUGAAGAAGAGAUGGAAACUGCCAAGAAAGGCCUUCUCCAGUAUGGUAGGAAUUGGUCCGCCAUCGCCAAGAUGGUGGGAUCCAAAACCGUGUCACAGUGCAAAAACUUUUACUUCAACUACAAGAAGAGACAGAAACUGGACGAGAUCCUGCAGCAGCAUAAAAUGAAAUCUGAAAAGGAACGAAAGGCCCGUCGAAGGGGAAAAACCUCCCAGAAUGAGGAGGCCAGUGCUGCAUACGCUGCAGAGGAGGAGGAGAUGGAGGGAUCAGGAGCCAGCUGUAAUGAAGAGGAAGCCCCUGAGGAUGGAGAAGGUGGAGCCAACCACAGCUCCGACACAGACAGCUUGCCCUCGCCACACUCGUCUGAGGACAGCAAGGCCAAAGAAGAAGGCUCAAGCAGGUCUAAGAGCAGCUCCAACGCCGGGGUGAAGGAGGAGGCCCAGUCAGACAUGGGUCAGGCAGAGAACGAGAAGCCUCCUGUCAAGGAGGAGGUGGAUUCAGCUGUUAAGACUGAGACAAAGACUGAGGCAGGAGAGCCCAACAAGGAGCAGUCGGUGUCGCCCAGCGAUGCUGCAGAUAAAAAACCUCCAGCAGAAGAGAAAGAAGACAUUAAAAGCUGCACCAAGACCUCCAAGAAGGAGCAUGCAACCAAAACAGGUUCUCAUGGGGACAGCGACUCUAGUGCCACGUGCAGCGCAGACGAAGUGGAGGAGACUGACAACACAGACAAAAACAGAAUGUCUUCUCCGAGGCCGAGCCUACUGAACUACUCUCAUGAUGGGGUCAUUUCAUCUGCCAUGCAGAAGCCCUUUGAUCUAAAGCGGCUCAAGCAAAGAGCUGCCACCAUACCACCUAUUACACCAGAGGCCUCUGUGCAGGGCAGUCAGCGGGGCGGGAGUGGGAAGGCCGUGCAGCCCCACCAUGCCCUGGCGUUGUACCAGGAACAGAUCACCAUGGCUCAUGGGGAGUCCUCCCAGGAAGUCAAACAUCAGCAGCUCUUAGGCCAGCCGGGCAAACAGCAGCCUUAUACCCCUCAGGCCAACAGAGACCGGGAGGCUCUUAUCAGCACCAGCCCCCACAUUCGCUCCCGUAGCCCCUCCAUCAGCGAAAAAGAUGAAAAGUCUAGAUCAUUUUCUCCACACGGUGACCUCAAGAAGCAGACACUGGGCCCUGAUGACCCGAGGGCCUCAAACCUGGUUCACCCAGGUCUCUCUCCAUACCCCAUGUCCUCACGAGACAUGGCCAAGAUCAGCCACGACCAGCACCUGCUCAACUUCAGCCCGUUCCAGCCUGCCGGCCACCCCUCACUCUCCGGCCUACCCCAGGAUAGUGUGAGGUUAGCAGCAGUGAGGCCCCUGACCAUGCCUGAGCCUCCGCCACUCAUUUCUUCCAGCAAGCCAGGAGGCUCCAUCACACAGGGUACCCCUGUGCAGUUGCACAGUCCGGCUCAUGGGUUGGACCACACCAAGAUGCCCCCCACAUCCAUGGGGUUAUCUUGGAUGGAGAAGAAAGGGGCAGGAAGUUUCCCGGUGGUAAAGCGGGAGCAGUUGUCCCCUCACAGUUCCUCCUCCCAGGCUGAUAAUCUGUCAUCCCAGGGAGCAGCUCAUGAUGGUUCAUCUGGACGUGGCGUCCAGGGAGGUAGCAUCACUAAAGGCAUCCCAGGGACUAGAAUCCAUCCUGACUCAGCUAUUCCUUACCGAGGGGGCUCCAUUACACAGGGGACACCAGCUGAUGUGCUGCUUAAGGGAACCAUAACACGUCUAAUCACAGAGGACAGUUCCAGCAGAGCUGAGAGGGAUGAGGCUCUGGCUAAAGGACACGUGGUCUACGAGGGUACCAGUGGACACAUCCUCACAUACGACCGUCAGCCGUCUCAGAACCCCAAAGAUGAGGGUCGAGGCUCAGGGCAGUCGGGGGAAAUGUUGAGCCUAAAGCGCUCCUAUGAUGUCAUGGAGGGAAGCAGGGGUCUGCCUAUUAGGGACUCUCUGUCUGCAGCCAACUGUGAAGGUCUGAUUGGUCGAGCCAUGCCUCAUGACCGGGACAGUCCACACCACACACCCUACAAAGAUGCUCAUCACAUCCGAGGCUCCAUCUCACAAGGCAUACCUCGUCAUCUAGAGUCACAGGAUGGCUACUUGAGGAGGGACACUAAGCUUAUGAAGCGAGAGGCGUCUCCACCUCGCGGGGUCAGUUCUCUGUCUGAUCCACUGAAAAGCAGAGACACCGUCGUGCCCACUGUGAAGGAGGGAAGACGCUCCAUCCACCUCAUUCCAAGCAAUGAACCCCGACAGCCUACCAAGGACACGAUCAUAUCAUCGCAGGACGCAGCUGGUUCAGGGAAACGCCAUGAUGUCCGCUCCAUUAUAGCCAGCUCGCCACGAUCCUACCACAGCCCUGCCCCCCUCCUGGAAAUGCGCUCUGAGAGGGGUCGAUACGAGGAGGGGCCUAAAGGUCGGCCCAGCGCGGUGGUCAGCACGGCGAGCUCAAUAACCCGCUCUUCCCCACUCACCCUGGGGUCGGAGCAGGGGGUCAAAGCCCAUCAUAGUCCCAUGAACUACGAGGACAAAAGCAGCCUGAGGACUCCUUACGCAGGACCCUCGCUCCGCGGCUCUCCGCUGCCCAGGGAGGCAGGCCAAAGGCAGCACGAGGGUUCUGGAAAGAAUCCUCCUCAGGAGCGUAAAACCACCCCGUCUCCCAGAGAGAUGAGUGCCACCAAAUCACCCCUCCCAGGUGUGGCAGAUCCACAGACCUACGAGCGUCUGCUGCAGGGCCUCGGAGCUCCCGACAUGUACCGUCCCAUCCCUAUAGCUUUUGAUCCUACAGCUCUGCCCCGCGGCAUCCCGAUCGACCCAGCCUACUACCUGCCUCGCCACCUAACUCCUAAUCCAGCCUAUCCCCACCAUUACCCCUACCUCAUCCGUGGCUAUCCUGACACGGCCGCACUGGAGAACCGCCAGACUCUUUUCAACGACUACAUCACAUCGCAGCAGAUGCACCAGUGGCCUGCAGCUGCUGCCAUGGCCGCCCAGCGCUCAGACCUGCUCAGAGGCCUGACCCCGCGAGACCAGACGCUGCCCCUGUCCUACUCCGUAGCCUCACGCGGGAUCAUCGAUCUUUCUCAGGUGCCACAUUUACCUGUCAUGGUCCCUCCCCCGGCAGGGGCAGCCAGCUCCCCAAUGGAUCGCAUCACUUACAUCCCUGGGACAAGUGCCGCAUUCCCAGGAAGACCUUAUAACACCUCGCCCAUCUCCCCAGUUGGACCCUCGCACAUAAACAAAAUGCAAAGUACGUCCUUGUCCUCUUCGGAGCGUGAUCGGGAAAGAGAUCGGGAGAGGGAGCGAGAACGGGACCGGGAAAGAGAACAAGACAGAGAGCGGGAAAAGGAUCGGGAAAGAGAACGGGAACGCGAGAGAGAGAGAGACCGUGAUCGGGACAGAGAGAAGGGCGGGACACUAGGCAACGUGGAGCACGCCCCCAUCUGGCGCCCAGGUACAGAAGCAGGCUUGUCCAGCAGCAGCAGCAGACCUGCAUCCCAGCCCUACAGCCACCAGCCCUCCCCCGUGUCUCCUCGAACUCAGGACAACGUCCAGCAGAGGCCAAGCGUUCUGCACACGGGAGGCAAAAGCAUUUCUGUCAGCGAGCACUCAUCUGUGUUACGGUCCAUGCCCAUACGCUCAUCCCCCUACCAAGGUUACCCUGGUUCCUUCCCAAAGACAGGUGUGCCCCCUGAAGGCUACACACCUGCCAUGGACUCGAGUGUAGCCAAAGAGCCGAGCCGCGAUGGAGGCAAACCUCGGGGGAGUCUGCUCAAACACGCGCAGGAGCAGCACGGGGCCUCCGGUAAAUCUGACCCCAAGUUGUCCAGCCCCAACCCAGGAGGAAUAUAUCCCAGUUCCUAUCCCCCGCCUUCAGUCCGCCCCCAACACCUGCCUCCUCCUCAGUCGGGCAGCUCCUCUGGCCGUGAGGAAGGUGGCACACCUAGUAGAGAAAAAACUCAAAACAAACUGAUGUCCACUCAGGAACAAGAGCUCCGGUCGCUCGUUCCGCAACACGGUCUCUACCGCCCCCCCUCAGAGGAGAGAUUGUCUCCAGGACAGCAGCCCCAGUCCCCCUGUGUCAAAGGCAGCCAAAGGGUGGUGACUCUGGCGCAGCACAUCAGUGAGGUGAUCACUAACGACUACACCAGGCAGAGCAAGCAACAGCAAAGCUACCACAGCUCUCCUAUCCUAGACUUGACUCGUCCACCCAGUGCCUCCCAGCUCCUGCCCACUUCCCAGGAAUCUGCCCGCGGCCCCCGCUAUCCAGAGGGUCUGGGUGGGGAGUGCAACAGAGAUCGGUCUCCCCCUCAGUCCAAGUCUUCACCCAUCAAUGUUUCUGACGGCAUCGAACCGGUGUCUCCUCCUGGAGCCGGCUCAGAUCCUGACAUCCAGGAAGGGGCCUCCUACCCCAGCGAGCAGGGGGACCAGGGGCUGGGCUCCCGCUCCCCCCCCAACGCCGCUCAGCCUCCAGCAUUCUUCAGCAAGCUGACGGAAAACACCUCGGCUAUCGUCAAGUCCAAGAAGCAGGAGAUGAUCAAGAAGAUGACUGUGGUUGGAAAUGACGGGGAAUUCAAUGCUGGACAGCCUGGAACAGAAAUCUUCAACAUGCCAGCGUCCACGACUGCAGGAACUGUGAAUGUGCGCAGCCACCCUGCCCCAGAGACACCUGGGAACUCCAUCGGCCUGGAGGCCAUCAUCAGAAAGGCCCUGAUGGGGAAGUAUGAUGAUUCAUCUGAGGAGCGCUCACCCUCCAGCACCACCAACCUGCCAGGUUCUGGUGUCUCUGCUGAUGGACGGCUUGAGGACUCACUCUCACAAGGUGGAUCAAAGCCGUCCAAGAGCAGUGGGCGCUCUAACGGGCGUAAGGCCAAGUCUCCAGGACCGGGUCAGUCCGGCAGUGAAAGACCUUCAUCUGUGUCCUCGGUUCAUUCUGAGGGAGACUGCAACAGACGAACUCCUCUAACCAACCGAGUGUGGGAGGACCGACCCUUGUCUGCAGGUUCAACUCCAACCCCCAUUCUGUGUAACCCGCUGACCAUGCGUUUCCACAGCGGGACGGUUUCAGCCCAUUCCCCCUCCUCUGUCUCACAGGGGGGACAGGGUCCAAUGUCCGGUUCUGGACACGCUCGCUCCUGGGACGAGGAACCCAAACCUCUGCUCAUGUCUCAGUACGAGACUCUGUCUGACAGCGAGUGACCAGAAAAGCCACGUCACGACAGGACCCACUAACCACACACACACACACACACACACACACACACACACACACACACACACACACACACACACACACACACACACACACACACACACACCUCCAGUAGGAGUGAUGAGGUUGAACUCUGCUGCUCCGUUUGUGUUUGCACUCCAGGACUCUGAAGGACAAAUCACUCGUCUUUCUGCUCUACUGCUUUUCCUCACUGGCCUUAUCAGCACAGACUGGUUGACCUGUGACCCUGGGGGGUGCUGUGCUUAUGGAGGGGACGGCUGAUGCAUGGACCUGAACCCGGGUGUGUGUGUGUAUUUCACCGUGACCUGCGGGUGCAGGCGGCCUGCUACCACUACAGGAGGUUUCUCUGGUUUUGGUUCGUUCUUUUCCUCUGAACUCUGCCGGUUUGGUCCCGUGUUUGGUGACCUUUAGUACAUUUUGGUGGUGAACUUUUGAUGGUGUCAUUUGUUGUCUGUUAUCUUCAAAGAUGUAUCUUUUUGUUUGGUUCUUUUUUGGGGGCGGGUUAAGGGGCUGAGAUCGUGUGUGUGGGAGGGGCGAGGCUAACGGGGUGUCAUAUCAUUGGUUUACAGGGUAAACUAGCGGUUCAUUGCUGAUGUUGUGUUAACGGGGGUGGGGGGGUUCGCCAGGUGGAUGGCACUGAGACAAGUGACAUUUCUCACUGUUUAUGAAUCACGUCUGUGUUUGUUGAAGCGGUUUUCCAAUAUUGAGCACUUAGCUGUCGGUCUGUUCUCGGUGGCAUUUUUACUAAACAUCCGUCUGCAGGUGGAGGCGGAGCACACAACUCCGCUGUUCUCCUUAACUGGUUCUGGUCCAGUUGCUCGUGGGCUUCAGCGCCGCCACUCUCAGAAAGACAAUCAGGUUGACGUGAGUGGCUCCGAGUUCCCUCACGCUAAAGAGGGGAUAGAAACAAGCCAUCUGUCUCUGACCCCUGGUGUCCGUCUCAGCUAGGAGCUGGUUUGACGGUUUGACCUCUGACCUUUAGUUGUCCCGGGGGCUGCUGCAGCUCCCCUCCUCAUCCUGGCAGAUCUUGUACAGUCCUGAGCUCUUAGUGUUAAGUGCCAUUUAUUUUACGCAUAUAAGGUAACUGACGCACAAGUUUUCCUUUUGUCCCCGAGUGCUGAAGUUUCCACACACAGAUGUCUAAAAUAUAAAAUCCAAUCCCAGCGUCCCCUUUCUGCUGGUCUGACUCGUCACCCCUCUCCAAAAGGCCAUACAGACGACUUUAAGUGUUCUUCAUUGCACCUUGUUUGUCGGCGUGGCUCGGAGGAAGUCCAGAGCGAGACGUUCUGCUGGUUUUAUGUGACAUGUUCUCACAUUUUCAUGCAGUAUUUCAAAGGCCGCUUUUUGUGUAAUCUGACGAGAGGAGCACCUCUGAUCCAUCUCUGGCUCUUUUUUAAACCACAACACAGACAUGACUGUUAUAGGACUACCUCCUCUCCCCGCGCGCCCUUGGUGAAGCAUCCAGAAUGCCUUACCUGCUGUCGGCUCAUCUCAGCUGUGUUUUAGCUCCUUUCUUAGGACCACAGGAGGGUUUGUCACUUCACCGUCGUCAAAGGCAGAAACACAGCCAUGGCUCUCUAUGUAAAUCCUUUCCCUCCCACUGCUGAAAUGUAAGAAUGUGACACUAAACAGACAAAGCCAUAUCCAGCUGUUCCCUGAACUCACGUGGUUUUUAAAAGUACAAUGAAAUGUAUUUUUAACGUCCAUUCUUUUGUUUUUAACGUGUUUUUCAUCGCUCAGCCGUGUCGUUAGAAUCGUUCAAACCUUAAAGGACAACGUUGAUUCCUGGACUGUCCAACUGUAGCUGGGGAGAAAAGACACAUCGUUCAACCAUUUUUGUGCAUAUAUUUUUUUUUAUUAUAACCCACUGUAUUAUAGCAAGGAUUGUAUAUACAAUUGAAGAGAUGUAAAUAUUUAUGUGGCUUGCUUUGAGGUUGGUAUUAUGAAAAGAAAUAUUCACAUUGUUAAAGUUCUACAUGCCCACCAGCAAGCUUUGUGGAUAGCAGUGUAAAAAUGAAAAACGUCAACAAAAAAAGACACUGCCUUAAUGUUUAAAUAAAAAGCUUAUUGCCA